UCAUCAUCAUGGUUCAUCAUGCAGCAUGUAAUCGUAAGUGAUAUUUUUAUAUUAAUUAAAAUUAAAAAUUGUUUUGUUUAUGUAUUGUGUGAAUUUUAUCAGCACUGAAUUAAAUGAUAAACAUCUUUUUGAAGGUCAGAACCUGCUAUUGCUGCUAUUGAAGUUUGUUUUUUGUUCGCAGCAUGUGCUUCUCCAGAAGUUAUCAGUGGAACCUCUGGACUUUUUUCAAGCCUUAAUUUUCCCACCGAGACGCCACCAGGCUCAACUUGUUUCUGGAAUAUCACAGUUCCAGAAGGAUUUGUGGUGAAAAUAACUUUCCACGCCUUUUCACUGUCACCAGGUGACACAAAAACUGACUGUACUAGUGCACAAGGGGCUCGUCUUCGUAUCUCAGAUGUUGCAUCAACUGAACAGGCAAGAGACCCCUUUGAGCUCUGUGGGCAGUCUAUUCCUAGUCCUGUGUAUACUUCCACAAACUCCAUUCAAGUGAGAUUGAAGACAGUAGCUCUGCAUGGAGUCAAUGGAUUUAAUGCUUCUUAUGAGUCAAUCUCCACUGAUAAGUGUAAGUCCUUGUACAUCUCAAGUUUUAUUUUCCUAAGGAGAAAUGAAACCCCUGUGUAUAUGCAGCUUGAAAUUUUUGCAGGACUUUAAUGGUGUAGGGCCCUUUUUUUUUAGAACUGUUGGGAACUGAAUUUGGAAUUUUCUGUUCAAGCAGCAGAAAGCUAUCACAGAGGGAGAUGUGAUAUCCUCAACUUUAGUAACUUGUUGAAUUACAGCACCCUCCUCUUCCUAGAAACAUUCUACUGAUUGCUAUUAAUCUUCUACAGAUGUUACAGAUGUACACCCAAAUAUCAGUAUGCAUAUUCUCCAUGCUGUACUGUAUACAUUUUCAAAGGUGUUGGCAAGGAGAAUUUGUUUGACAAUCAGGAGCUUCUUAAGUUUUUUUUUUUUCUAUAUUCUCCUGACCUUAAUGUGCAGUAUACAUGAAGGGUGAUAUUGUAAUGGGGAAAUUAGAUGGAAGUCACUCCAAGGGGCUAAGGGGAUAAUUAUGGGAUUGUCUUUUGUUAUUGAAAAGUGUAGGCAUGAUUUGUUGAGAGCAAUAUUCAAUACUUAUGUGUUUUGGAUCAAUCUUGUCUCCUAGUGUGUCCAGCAAUGGCCAAUUUGAGUGAUGCAUCAGGUGUUAUUACCUCUCCAUAUUAUCCCAGAUAUUAUCCAGAUGACCAGAACUGCAUGUGGGAUAUUGUUGCAAGCAACGGAAAGCAUCUCAAGCUUGAGAUUGAGAAGACCACAAACAUUCAACAAUGUAAUCAAUGCAAUUGUGACUAUUUGGAUGUCCAGUAUGGUUUUGACAGUUCAGGAAAUCCAAGUGAGAAAAUAUGUAAAGAACUCAGAGAAACUGUGACGUACUACUCACUUAAGGAUCGUCUAAGGGUGCAGUUUCAUUCAGACAACUUGCAGAAAUUCAUUUUUAUGGGAUUCAGAGCAGUUUACACUCAACUGGAAUCCAACCCAAGAAGUAAGUAUCAGGAAUGGACUUAUUUGCAUCAGAAGGGAUACAAAGUCCACAUUACCUUAGUUACUUGUGUCCAUCCUUGGAAUCUCAAGCCUAAAGUUUGCAUGUGUGGGUUGAGUUUUGCCACUCCUUCUGUAUAGAAUCCUCCUCACAAUUUUUGAAAGAAACACUUCUCCCUCUGCCUUGUAAAUUUUGUUAAUUUAGCAUUUUGGCCGGUUUACACCUUUUUAGUUUGUCCUAAAGCAGCAACCCUGUUCACGGCUUCAAAUGGAAAGUUCAGCAGUCCUGGUUACCCCUUAGAUGUCCCUUCUGGUCUAGAUGAAGCUAAUAAAAGAGCCUGUACCUGGAAUAUCACUGUAGCUGCUGGGAAACGUGUCAAGUUGAAUUUUACCCAUCUAAAUUUUGGCACAUGUUCUUCUCAAUGUGAUCAGUGCACACAUCUGGACAUCUAUGAUGGUGAUUCAAAAAGCUCUCCUUCUCUGGGGCGUUUCUGUCCUGAAUCUGCUAAGGAAACGAAGGUGUCGCACGGUAACAACGUGUUUGUGGAGUUUGAAUCUGGCUUUGGUAAUGAUCGUGGUACUGGUUUUGAAGUACAAUACUCAGAGACAGAUGAUCCACCUACAGAUGUGGGUAAUGCAUCUACAACUGUCACAACAAAACCAACAGAUGAACAAACAGAUAACCCUACAGAUAAACCAUCAGAUAAACCAUCAGAUAAACCAACAGUUAAACAAGCAGAAACCCUAACAAGUAAUUAUUACUUUAUCUUGAUUUUUAUGUUGUGUAAAUAAGACCAAGCUUACAAGUCCACAAUCAUGCAUUAGAUAUUUACAUGUAUAUAUACCUGUUUUCAAAAAUGUUGCAAUUUGAAAAUUUAUAUUAAAUAUCUAUAUAUCUUUCAUUUUCUCAUCACAAAGGUGCAUGUUUAUUUCACAUUAGAGGAACAAUACCUUUUGUUUCUUAUUUGAGAGUCACUGUGCAUAUAAAUAUUGUCUUACACCAACCUUUGCAUGGUGUUUUCAACAUCCAUGACUGGAAAUUCUUCAAUAUUGAAUUUUUAAUGUUUCUAAGGUCAUCCAUCACCAGAACUAAUUUCCAAGUCUGUUGAACCAUGUCAAAAGAAAUGCUGUACAUAGUAUGCACACUCAAAGCUGCAACCUCAUGGCUAAUUCAAUUUAGCAUUUUAACCGUUGAACAAUAUAUGAUGUCCAUGCCAGUAAGGUCAAAAAGCAAGAUCAAAGCUAAGCAAUGAAGCAGUACUCAAAAAUUCUGCUUUAGAAACUCUUUAGAGUGACCAAUUUACAUUCACAACUCAAUUGGUAAAACUACCUUAUCAUGUAACACCCCUCACUAAUGCAACACCUCAGUUUCUUUAGAAACCUGCAUUGCACCACUUUAUUCAUUAUUUGAUCAAGAGAAUAAUUUCUUUUUGUGUUUCCUUUUGCAGGGGCUGUAGCCAUAAAGACUGGUGGCCUGUUGAUUCUCACCAUGCUUGCCCUAGCUGCAUCCCUUUAUUAGCCUUUAAGGGACAUUGUCACUUUCAGACCAUCAUGUGUUCUGGUUCGAUGGAAGCUCUUUGCCUCAUGUAGGGUUAUCAUUAGAAAAUUAAGAGAUGCAUGAUCUGUACUGAGAAGGUGGCUGAAUUGAAGUACAACAUGCCUGCAAAAGAAGCAUGGCAUGUUACAAAGCAAAAUUUUAUGUGUUAACCUGGAAAAAAAUUGAGAUUUGAAGCUCUCAGGGAGGUGACUUCUAGCAGUCUACAACAUAAUUUUAUUGAGGUAAUUUUUUUGCCAGAAAUUGAUGUUGGAAUUAGUUUAAAGAAUACUUAUUGGAUUGUCUUCUUUGAUCACAAUUCACAAAGAACUUGAUGUUGGAAUCAGUUUGAAGAAUACUUAUUGAAUUGUCUUUGAUCACAAUUUACAAAGUAGCUGGCACAAAGUGGUGUGGCAGCCAGUGGUUUUCUGCCACCUACUGGAUUCUAAUGUCAAUCCUGCUUAUGUAAUCUUCAGAGUUCCCUACAACCCUUGUAAAUAUAAUUGGUUAAGAGUGGAUCCCUGGACAAGACCCGUAUGAAAUUAAAUGGGAUGUGAAUGGCACUUAAUAGGGAAGCCUAUCAAACUGAUCAAUUUUGCUCAGCUCCAGGUCUUCACAUCAAUUUUCCUACCCUGCUCUAUACUUUCUAAAGAAUGUUUGUUCCAAGAAAUUAGUGUUAAACAAUCUCCCUUCCCUCCCUUGGUUUGCACUUUCUCCUCAUCCUCUGUCUGCUUGAUAAUGCAGUAAUACUAUGCAGCAGAAUUUACCUCUUAUUUCCUUGUGUGGUGCUUUAACAUUUAAGUAUGUUUUAACAUUUAAUGGGUUAGUGUGGAAGAUAAAAACUGUGAAUCGAUUUUUAUAGAUUAGAAAAUGUUUAAUUCCUGUCAUGCAGGAAUUUAAUGUUCACCUUAAUUAAUGUUUCUUUCAGUCAUCAAAUAAAGCUUUUGUCACUACCUGAUUUAUAUCUCUUAAUUGUACUUCAAUAUCCUCAUUUGAUGUCCAUCCCAUGGAGGUGGGGGAGGGGGGGAGGAGGAGGGAGUGUAAUGAUGAUAUUGUUGUAAAUGAUGCUGAUUAGGAUAAAUAUAUAUAUACAACAAUAAUAAUGAUUUAAAACUAUGCAAUGACUAGAUGAGGUGUUUUUUAUGUGCAUGUGCAUUUUAUAGUAGCAGUAUUUAUUUUAUAUGAUUUUUUUAAUAUUCAAGUACCCUUUAAUGAACAAGUCUAACAAGUAAUAAACUGGAGGGUAACUGUGCAGAUGAAGUGGUGAGGAAUUACCUUCUUUCUAAAUGGCUUUUUUUCUGUGGAUUAGUCAGAGACAGGGAAAGAUGUCAGGCUACUUUUGUAGGGGUUUCAUUUACAGUCAAUUGAUUAUUAAAAAUUAGACAUAAUUGCUUCAUGUGGAGCAUCUCGAUUGACCCAUUUUUACUAAUUCCCUCGAUUUUUCUGGUAAUGUCACAGUACCAUUAGCCAACACAGACAUAUAUUAUGGGGAAGAUACGAACAAACAUUGUCAUGUGGUUUGAAAUUAGUGUGAGCGA